AUGCCGUCCUUCUUCGUCCCAGGUCACCAUGGCCUGCCUACACCUCCCCAUGUCAACGGUGGUCGUAUGGAAGACCCAUCAUUCUACCCGGUUGGUCACGCAGGAUUUCCUCCUCGCUACCACCAAAGCGGCAAUGAGUUCAUCGAACAGUACUCACAGUCUCUGUGCUACGCCAAACCCACUUCGAUGAAUCACCACCAGUCCGCCCACCCGAUGAGCACUGCUCGCGAUCAUCACAUGAUGAACCAGCAGCCUAUGUUCAACCCCAUGGUUGGCACUGGAUUGCCCUCAAUCCGCAGCAACGUCCAACUUCCGCCCAUGGAUGCUACGAUUCCGCCCCAAUAUCGCCGACAAGAAGCCCCGAUGCAACAGCAGCCCGAACAACCCCGUAAGGAGGAGAAGGCUACUGGAGGUGUCGCAGCUCACCUGGAUUAUGAGAUGGAUCGCAUGUCCGACUUUGUGGCAGAGAUGGCUCAGGGAAUGUAUGAUUUGUUUGAGACCAACAUCACCAUUGCAGAUAUUGACCUCGUGCGAAGCAUCUACCCAGGAUCUUCGGUUCCCCCCCAGUUUCGGAAAUACGUCUUUCAGAUUUUGUCCUCGACACGCCUACCGAGUUCGACCAUUCUGCUCGGUCUCUUCUAUCUGGCCAGCCGCGUGCGCCUGUUGUCAGCCCAACGCGCCUUCACCAAGACAGACAGUAGCCAGGUCUAUCGCAUGUUGACCAUGGCCCUUCUGUUGGGAAGCAAGUUCCUUGAUGACAACACCUUCCAGAACAAAUCCUGGGCUGAGGUCAGCAACAUCCCCGUUGCUGAGCUGAACCACAUGGAAUUGGAAUGGCUCUUUGCCUUCGACUGGAAGAUUCACGACCGCAUCUACGACAAGCAGGAUGGUUUCGCCUCGUGGCGCACGCACUGGGACACCUGGCAGGCCAAGGUAACAGCUCGGGCCCAGGAGUCUCGCCAGUCUCUGGCGCCUCUGGAGACCAACGUGGUCCGUGGCCAGGGUGUCACCAAGCCCCUAAUGUCCCCCGAAGGCCCCAUCCCGCCGCAGUACCAGCGCAGCUCGCAAAUUGAGAACUCCUGGCUCAACCCGACCGCGUCCGAAUACUCGCCUCCCUCUGCCCUAUCCAGUGGCCCCACUACCCCCGAUUACUACUCGGUUGGCCCUUGGGGAUACGCUAACCCGCCUCCGCCUCCGCCUUACUCGCGAGGCUGGAACGCACCAUCACAGUACAUGACUCACCCCGCACCUCGAUCCCAGCCCCCGUCCUAUCACCACACUCCAGCGUACGGCUUGCCAUUCGCACAGAGUCUCUGGACGGGUCACGGUUCAUCGUGUGGCUGCACCUACUGUGCUAAGCAUCUCGAGCACUACAUGUGCAACAAUGCAUUCCCCUCCAUGCAGCAGCCGAUGAUCGCCACCUAG